ACGACGACGACGAAGAAUUCUUAGCCGUAUUCUUCUUCAUCCUGUGUAAAUAAUUGUAAUUUAAAUAAUUUAAAUUAAACACACAAAUCCACGCAAAACUAAUAACAUAAAAAAUUGAGAGCAUUUCGCGCGUGAUUAUCAAGUCAUUAAGUGCAUGUUUUGUGUAUAUUUUCAUCAUUAAAGCGUCGUGUAAAUUAAUAUCAUCCUAAUUAUAAUUCAAUACAACUGCAAAUCUAUAAUAAAAUGAAAUCUCAACAAAUUUCGAUUGAUCUGUAAAAAAAUAUUGUUCAACUGAUUCUCAUUGGUAAUUAUUGAAUGCAUGUAAAAAAAUUUAUUUGUUUGGUUUGACUGUGUAAAGUAUUAUUCAUAAUUUGUGUUAAAUAGUGUAAAUUUAUGUAUAAAAAACAAAGCCAAACAAAACGAAACAUGCAAAUCAUUUUUUUGAGUGGAUGAAAAUAAUCAAAGAGAAUUAAUCUCUUGAAUCGCUGUAAAGUAAUACUUAAUAUUAAGGAAGUGCAAAGUGUGGUUUCUAUGCAUGUGAAAAUAACAACGCAACUCACAUUCAAUUACAACAAAUGAAAAGUUGUGAAUAAAACCAAUAAAUCAAGAGAAAACAAAACCGAUUUAAUUUGAUCAUCACCACUGUGCAGUCGACGUGUUUAUAAUUUUAAACUGUAAUUGUAACGUAACCGCGACGUAAGCAGCAACGUAAACGUCAACGUAGCCCGCGUCAGUUACUUUUAAACUGUUCUCGUCCGUGUCGAGUUUUGUUUAUUUUUUUUGUGUCCGCGCCAUUCCGAAAUACAUUUUUGCAAUACGCACCAAUUAAUCAGCUUGAGUAGCACAAAGCCGCCAAAAUUGAGCUGUUAAGCGCGCCCACGAUUUCGAUAUCGACGGUAGCGCCACCAACGUCGCCAUCGCCGCAGCUUCAUCUGCAGCAACAACAGCAGCAGCAUCCUCAGGCUUCGUAUCCUCAGCAACAUUUCGGACCACCGCCGCUGCCGCCACCGCACUCACCAUACUUUCAACAUUUGCAACAACAGCAGCAGCAACAACAACAACAGCAACAACAGUUACAACACAUGAAGUUUCUGGGUGGUAAUGAUGAUCGCAAUGGACGCGGCGGCGUCGGCGUUGGUAGCGACGCCAUUGUUGUAGGCGGCGGGACUCGUUCUGGCAACAAUGUUGUCGCCUCUUCGCAGGAUGUGGAUGCAGCAAGUGCUGCGGCAGCCGCUGCUGCUGUCGGCUACGUUUUCCAGCAGCGUCCAUCACCAGGCGUUAGUGGUGUUGGUGUCGGUCCUGUUGGCUCAACGCUCCAUGAUGCCGCUGCCGCUGAGUACGCAGCACACUUCGCCCAAAAGCAGCAGCAAACGCGUUGGGCUUGCGCCGACGAGCACGGCAUGGAUAAUCCGGAUAAAUGGAAAUAUAAUCCGCCAAUGAAUCCAGCAAACGCUGCACCCGGCGCACCACCCGGUAAUGGCAGCAAUGGUGGACCCGGUGCAAUUGGCACCAUAGGCAUGGGUGCUGGCAACGGUCUCGGCGGCAUGGGAAAUGUUGGAGCAAGCGGCGGCACCAAUGGAGGGCUGCAUCAUCCAUCGAUGGCAGCUGCUGCUGCCAAUAUGGCUGCUAUGCAGCAGGCGGCCGCUGUGGCCAAGCAUAAUCACAUGAUGUCGCAGGCAGCCGCUGCCGUUGCUGCCCAGCAGCAUCCUCAGCAACAGAAUAACCAGGGACCGCCUCAACAUCUCAUGGGCGGUGGCAGUGGGUUGGGAAAUGGGAAUGGCCUUGGCGGGCUGAGCCAGCCGCAUCCCAGUCAACAGCAGCAACAGCAACAACAACAACAGCAGCAACAGCAACAGCAACAUCCAAGUCAGCAGCAAGCACAGCAGCAACAGCAACAAGGUCAGGGCCAGACACAUCCCGGCCAGCAUCAAUACAACUCGAACCUGCUUAGCCAUGUGCUGCUUUGGGGCCACAUGCCGCCGUAUGCACAGUCUCCGGCGACUAACAGUAUGUACGAUCAUCAUGCGGGUGCACUGCAUCCAGGAAUGAAUGGAGGCAUGCCAAAGCCACCACCACCAUUAGGACCACCCGGUGGACCACAGGACUUCGUCUACAUGGGUGGACAACCGCAUGCCGCAGCUGCUGCUGCUGCAGCCGCUGCGAUGGGAGCAGCUCUAAUGCCGCCACAGAAUCAAUAUAUGAACAACUCGGCAGCAGCAGCUGCUGCUGCCAACCGGAAUGCAGCGAUUACUACAUCGACAGCCAAGAAGUUGUGGGAGAAAUCCGAUGGCAAAAGCGGCGGAACUUCGAGCACACCGGGUGGCACAUUGUAUCCCAUGCAAAUACCCGGCGUUGGGGAUCAUUCGUCUGUGUGGAAGGAUCACACUUGGUCGACCCAAGGUGAAAAUAUUCUGGCACCUCCCAGGCCAAGAGUUUAUCCACACGGCGGUGCCUCUGAUACUUCGAACAGCGGCAAUGCGGGCAUUCUAAGUCCUCGGGAUUCCACAUGCGUUAAGAUGGUUGAAUAUGUUCUGGGCGGUUCGCCAACCAAUAAGGAGAGUCCUUUGUCUGGCUUGGAGCCGCGUCUGCGUAACUUAAAGUUUGACGAUAAUGAUAAGUCACACGAUGAUAAGGAAAAGGCAAAUUCUCCGUUUGACACAAACGGCUUAAAGAAGGACGACCAGGUCACAAAUACAAACGGCGUUGUUGUCAAUGGCAUUGACGAUGACAAGGGAUUCAACCGUACUCCUGGAUCCCGUCAACCCUCGCCCGCUGAAGAGACUCUGCCACGCCCUCCCACAUUAUUGGAUCCAACCCAGCAUGGCGGAUUCCCCCAAAUGCCGCACUUCAAUCACAUGCUCAUGGAACAUGGUCAGGGUCAUGGCAUGGGAGCUGCAAAUUCACUCGGCGGUGUCGGUGGCAACAACUCAGGCGGCGGAGCUGCUGCCUAUGCUCAUCAGCAGAUGGCAGCCCAGAUGAGUCAAUUGCAACAGCCAAUGAUGAAUGGAGUUGGUGCUGGAAUGCCAAUGGCAGCACAAUCACCCAUGUUGAAUCAUCAGGCCACACCUGGACCCAAUCAUAUGGAAUCUCCGGGCAAUCUCUUGCAGCAACAGCAGCAAAAUUUUGAUGUACAGCAACUUUUUCGCUCACAGAAUCCGGGCUUAGCGGCUGCGGCUGCUGCAGCCACAUCGGCAGCAAGUGCAGCGGCCGCGGCCGGCGCUGCACCACCAGGCGCCCCCAAUGGCACAAUGCAGUCCUCGCAGCAGCAGCAGCAACAGCAGCAGCAGCAGCAACAACAACAGAUGCAAAUGGCGGCCGCAUCGCAACAGUUUCUGGCCGCACAGGCUCAACAGAAUGCAGCAUAUGCGGCACAGCAGGCGGCACCGUAUGUUAUCAAUCCGGGACAGGAGGCGACACCGUAUCUGAGCAUGAUUGCUGCCGCUCAAAUGCCGCAGUAUUAUGGCGUUGCGCCGUGGGGCAUGUACCCGGGCAAUCUGAUACCACAGCAGGGCACACAGCCCCGUCGCCCCCUUACACCUUCGCAACAGGGCGCCGAGAAUCAACCGUAUCAGGUCAUACCGGCUUUCUUCGAUCAGAGUGGUUCGCUUGUGAUGGGACCACGAACCGGCACGCCCAUGCGAUUGGUUAGUCCCGCCCCCGUACUGGCGGUGCCACCAGGUGCCGCACGUGCCGGCCCGCCGCCGCCACAAGGCCCCCAACUGUAUCCACCACAGCCGCAGACGGCUCAACAGAAUCUCUACUCACAGCAGAACGGUUCCAGUGUCGGAGGUCUCGCUUUGAACACAAACUCAUUAACUGGUCGUCGUGACUCGUUCGAUCGCACCACAUCCGCCUUUAGCCCCUCGGCCAUGGACUACACCAGCAGCAGCGUUGCCGCAGCAGCCAAUGCAGUUCAGAGCAGCGUUGCCCAGGCUGCAGCCGCCGCAGCAGCCGCUGCGCGUGUCAAGUGGCCAGCAGCCAUGUCGAAUGCCAGCGCAUAUGGAGCGUUGGGUGCAGGCGGAGUCAAUGCCUCGGCCAGUCCGCUGGGCGCACCUCUGACGCCGCCACCAUCGGCACAGUCCUGCCUCAUGGGCGGCAAUCGGGCGCCGGGAGCUGAGUCGCGUCAGCGCCAACAGAUGGCAGCCGUGGGUCUGCCGGCGACAGCUGCUGCGGCACAGGCUGCCGUUGCAGCAGCAGCCAACAACAUGUUUGGCUCGAACAGCUCGCUCUUCUCGAAUCAUCUGGCCUUGCCGGGCACCACACCCGCUGCAGUUGCGGCUGCCGUCGCCAACUCGCGUCAGGUGGUUGCUGCUGCUGCGGUCGCGGCUGCCGCUGCGGGUGCUGCGGCUGGCGCUGGAGCAGGAGCUGGAGCUGGGGCACCACAGCCGGGCAGGUCACGACUGUUGGAGGACUUUAGGAAUCAGCGUUAUCCGAACUUGCAGCUGCGCGAUCUGACCAAUCACAUUGUGGAGUUCUCACAGGAUCAGCACGGCUCUCGGUUCAUUCAGCAGAAGCUGGAGCGAGCAACGUCCGCCGAGAAGCAGAUGGUGUUCAAUGAGAUUCUUGGCGCCGCCUACAGCCUGAUGACCGAUGUCUUUGGCAACUACGUCAUACAGAAGUUCUUCGAGUUCGGCACCCCAGAGCAAAAGAACACCCUGGGCAUGCAGGUGAAGGGACACGUUCUGCAGCUGGCGCUACAAAUGUACGGCUGCCGUGUGAUCCAGAAGGCGCUGGAGAGCAUCUCGCCGGAACAGCAGCAGGAGAUUGUCCAUGAACUGGACGGACAUGUGCUGAAGUGCGUCAAGGACCAGAAUGGCAAUCAUGUGGUCCAGAAGUGCAUAGAGUGCGUGGAUCCCGUUGCCCUGCAGUUUGUGAUCAAUGCAUUCAAGGGUCAGGUCUACUCGUUGAGCACACAUCCCUACGGUUGUCGGGUGAUCCAGCGCAUUCUCGAGCACUGCACUGCCGAGCAGACAACGCCCAUUCUAGACGAGCUCCAUGAGCACACAGAGCAGCUCAUCCAGGACCAAUAUGGCAACUAUGUCAUACAACAUGUGCUAGAGCACGGCAAGCAAGAGGACAAGUCCAUUCUGAUCAACAGUGUGCGUGGCAAAGUGCUGGUGCUAUCGCAGCACAAGUUUGCCUCAAAUGUAGUGGAGAAGUGUGUUACACAUGCCACACGUGGCGAACGCACCGGCCUCAUCGAUGAGGUCUGCACAUUCAACGACAAUGCCUUGCACGUUAUGAUGAAGGAUCAGUAUGCCAACUAUGUGGUGCAGAAGAUGAUUGACGUCUCGGAGCCGACACAGCUGAAAAAGUUGAUGACCAAGAUUCGACCCCACAUGGCCGCUCUGCGCAAGUACACCUACGGCAAGCAUAUCAACGCCAAACUGGAGAAGUACUACAUGAAGAUUACCAACCCGAUAAGUGCCGGAUCAGCCAGUGGAGGUGCCGCAGGUGCCGGUGCUGGUGCUGGUGCUGCUAAUGGCACCACUGUCAGCGGCGCCAGCACAGCGACCACAGCAGUUGCCACCAGCAGCAGUGCUGUCGGGGUGACAUCCACCUCUGUCGCAUCGACCUCAGUGGUGGGCAGCGUCGCAACAACAAUAACAACAACCACAACCGGUGCUGCAUCGCCCACCAUUUGUGCAGUGCAGGAGAACGGCAACGUCAUGAUGGCCGAACCAACGUCACCAGCCACCUCGGAGUCGUCUGUCUCGGUGGUGGCCUCUGUGAACAAUGGCUUGGGUCCCAUUGGACCCCCAACAACAGCCAAUGGUGUGCUGUAAAUUGAUUAUCGAAUUUUAGAUUUUAGUCUGUGGAUGAAGAAGGAGAAGGAUAAGGAUAAGAAGAUGAUGAAGACAAAGAGGGAAAAGAAAGGGACAGCUAACGAAAGGAGAGCUUAGAAAGCAAAGCGAAUGCAUACUAUAUAAAUAUUAAUAAUAUACAUAUAUAAUAAAUGUAAUGUAACUUAUUUAUAAAAUCGCAGAACACAAACUGCAGACACACUCACACACGAACACAAACAAACGCCCUUACACGUACACCCAUACAUCAGAAGAAAUUGAGGAAAUAAAGCUCCCCCUCCUCGAGAGGAUGAGAGAGCGAUCGGCUCCAAAAUUUGCGAGCAAUCGAUAAUUUGUAUAUUCAAUUGUUAAAUGCUUUUGUAAAGUGCAUAACAUACACUCUCACACACACAAACAAAUCAAUGAGCAACACGUUCGUGUUGAAGUUUCAUGUAUUUGUUGCUAAAACUUUGUCACAUUCAUUUUGUGAGAUUUCAAUAUGAAAAAAACACACAAGCAAGCAAAAUGCAAAAUAACAUAACAAUUUAAAUGAAUAGUAAAAGAAGCAGACUACAAAUUAAAAACCAAUGUCUGCCUACAUUUUUUGUUGUAAUAACUUUGUAAAGAAAAUCACAAUUUGUAAAUGAUUAAGAAAGUUUCUCGACUGUAAAUUUUAUAAUCGAAAUGAAAUGAAAUGAAAAAAAAAGCGCGUGACGUUCUGUUGUGGAACAAACAAGUAAAAAGAUGAGUAGACAAGAGAAGCAAAGAGAAGGUGAGGAAAGUAUAAUGAUGAUGAUUAUUAGUGUAGAAUUGAAUUGAACAGCAACCAUUUCAAAUAUAGAAUUACUAUGAUCAAUAUAAAUAUUAAUAUAUAAAUAUGAGAAAAUAAUGAGAAUCACAUAAUGUAGCAUGUAGACUAAAGAGAGCGCAACUUUAAAUAUGUGCGGAAGAAAAACCAAAAAAAAUCAAAGCCGGGAGCACUCACUCACCCCUUACGCUCAUACUUCAUUCACACCCACACACCUACACCUACACCCACAUUCACAGACUCAUACUCAGACAGACAGUCAAUACACAGAACACACACAGAACACAACAAUCACGGACUCUUUAGCGUUGCGUUUCGCAACAAUUUCACGUCGCCUUUGCGCUAUGUAAAAAUUUUGUACAAAUAAACAAAAAGAAAAAAUCGAAACAAAGAAGAAAAGAGAAAACAAACACAAAAAAUACCAAUGUAAAACAAUGUAAUAUUUUUUGUCAAUUUGUUCGCAUGUAAAAUUUGAAUGUUUUGUAAAAUUCUCAUUAAUUUUAAUCAAAUUGCUUGCAAUGUAUAAAACAAAAACUAAAUAUCGUUAUAAAAUCAAAAAGAACACACAUACUGCAUACAUAUACAUACAUAAACAUAAACGCGUAGACUCAUACAAGACUUUCACGAUUGAUUGAAAGAGUAUUCGCAUGCAUUGUAGCGAUUACACAUCUAUGUACACAAUACCAACUACUAUCAACUAUACACUUCUCUGUAUAUAUAUAUAUACACCCACAUAUAUGUAUAUGUUUAUAUGCAUUCAUAUUUGUAUUUUGUAAAUUGUUUCGUUUUUAAGUCCACCCUCAUUAUAACAAGCAUUGUAUUUAUAAUUGUAGAAACGCGCUGUUCUGGGCCGUCGAACCGAAAACUUUACUUUAGCCACUAAGAUUUAACUGAUUACCGAUUUCUGAUUAUCGUUUAUUACGUCUACUAUUUACUGCAUAUAAUUUUUUUAAGUUUCUUUUAGUUACGGCAAUUGCAAAGACCUUUUAAUUUUUUAAACAUGCCACACAAUAUACAGAACCAAUCUAAAAAUGUGAACAAAUUUCAAUAAAUCAAUAUCGAAACAUUUAAAAUUUUAAUCACUUUGUUGAUUCGAACACAUUUUUAAUCAAGCCAAGUUUAGCUAAAUUUCACAUUCACUUAUUUGUGCUUCGCCUAUAUAGGCUUUGCACGCAAUGGUAGUCAAACUGUGCGCAAGCAGUGCAGUGCGAGUUGAACUGCUUGCGUAAUUGAUAACAGUUGUGCGGCAACUGGCAGCAUUCAUUCUGAUGCGUAUCUCAUAUAAUUUAUUGUAAAUCUAUAAUUUGUAAUUUUUUACAUAUGCAUUAAAUAUUAAACUGUACAGCUUGAAAUGCAUUCUGGGUGCGAAAAUCCCUUAAACUGAUAACACCUACGUGUAAGUGUAAAAAGUUGUUUUAAAACUGUUCACGAACAAAUUAACACACAUCACACAUUUGUAAAUUGAUGUAUCUAUGUGCAACUUACACUCUAAAGGCAUACCACAUCCAUACACAUACAUGUAUUAUAUAAAGUAACAAUAUUUGUACAUUUUGAUAAUAACUUUUGAAAUUUCCCUGGCGCCUUAUUCAAAACAUAAUGAAACCAAACAAGGAUCGAAACGAAUUUAAAUUCAUUAUAAUUUAUUUAAGGCUUUUCUCUAAAUUGUAAACUAUAAAAUUGACUAAAUUUCAAUUAGCGCCGUAAACGUUACUGUCGUCAUUGCCGUUGUUGUCAUAUGUUUGUACAUACAUAAAUAUAAAAGGAAGCUUCGAGCUCUUGUAAUUUUGUGUAAAUUUUCCCUUAACCCAUUUAAGCUCCCCUCUUCCUUUCCACUCAGACCAAGAGAAUGCAUUUCAAACUGUCGUCGUAUAUAUGUAUACAAAUAUCGGUCAUAUGAAUUUUCAUUAUUUUUAGUUAUUAACUAAUUAACUGCCUGUCUACAGAGCGAAAUGCACUGAUAAUUUUAAUUUGCAUCGAUCAUAAACUUUCAAGAAACAAUAAGAAUACUGUUCAGAUAUAUGUAUAACUUACAGUCUCAAACACACACACCACAAACACAUAUAUACACAGCCAUUAACACAUACAUACAUACGUACAUAUAUGCAAAGGCAAGAGAACACAUAAAGCUGCUUAGAAGUAGAAGUUUAUAUGUAGGUAUAAGAAGGCAUACGAUCAUACGACGACUCUUAUACACGUAUAACAAGCAUACAACGUUUUUAAAUAUAUAUGUAUAUGGAUAUGUAUUUGUAUAUGUACAUGAUUAUAUGUAAUGUGUGUAAAGAUUGAAGUAGCACAGUUACAUAUGACUAGCGCUAUAUUUAUACAUAAAUAUUGCUAGUUUUUACAGCAUAUGAAUAAAAUAAAAGUACCCCAUUUAAUAAAGGUAAUAACACAAAUGUAAACAAUGUAACUUAACUUAUACAGCAAAUUGAAAGCAAAUCGUAGUUUAUACAUCAAAGUAAAAAAGCAAAAAAAAACAA